AUGCAGGUAUUUCUUGCACAGCAGAUCAACGCUGGGCCGAAAAUACGGAAAAAGCCAGAGUCGAAGACUUCCAAGGGGCGGUCAAUGCUUGACCUGGAGGGUGAACAAUACGAAAUGAAUGAGUUCAUGGGUCAGCAGGAAGUCAAGAGAAAACAAAAGAAAAAGCGUUCCAGCAGCAAAAGUACAGCCAGUUACGAUAUAGAUGAGCUGGUAUGA